GUACUAUAAUACGUAUAGGGGCUGCAUCAGCGCAGGCGCCGCCGAUCGACUGGAUUUCGGUCUGGUUCCAUCCUUCUCUAUACUUAUAUCGCGCGCGGGGGGCCAGCCGCGCAGCUGAACUCCCGAGCGAGACGCAGAGCCAGCUGGGCUGCUCUUCCGUCUCGUCUGUGUACUGUUGUAGUAUAUUUCCCAAAGCUCCGCUUGCUCUCGUAGAGUAAGGACGUUUUCCUCGGGGCUGUGCUACGACGUCAUCGAAAGGACGACUCGAUUCACUGCCUCCUACUUAUGUCUCUACUUCAAUGCAUCCUGACCCCAGCAAAAGUAAGAAAAAUUUGUAACGAGCCACAGGAUGUCCUCUUUUACUUUUGGACAAAGGUCAUUUACACCAGUGCCACCUGAGAAGGGUAGCUUUCCCUUGGACCACGAAGGCAUCUGCCGUGAUUUCAUGAUCAAGUACAUGCGCUGUCUGAUGGAUAACAAGAAUAUCGCAAGCAAUUGCAAAGACAUAAGCAAAGACUAUCUAGCUUGUCGUAUGGACAAUGGAUUGAUGGCACGUGAGGAAUGGACUCAGCUUGGAUUUGGUGAGAAGGAAGUAAGCGAGCAGCAGAAGCAAUGAGGAAGGCCCUUCGUCUUCGUCGUAGAGUGGAUUACAUAGAAUUGACCCUAGCUGCCGAACAGAGGAACUGUCCUGAAGUUACCUUGGUUAGAAAUUUUUAAUUUAUUCAGUAGACAAUCAUGCAAGUAACAUUGCACAAAAUGUUAAGGUUAAUAGAUAAGAACUAAAGCUGAGUUUAUGAAUUAUAAUUUGUAAUUGAAAGUAACCACUUGUAAUACUGCUGCAUUUAACAUUACAACAUGUAAAGCAAUAGCAAUUUGUUACAUAACUUCAGAAUGUAGUGUUUUCUGUCAAGUUCUUUCAAAUUUAAAUGAUCUAGUGGAUUGAUGACUGUGUUUGAUUUUAUAAUAAAACAGUAUAGAUAAUAAAAUUACAGAUCGUUUCAUGAUUUCUCAGUUUAUUUCAAGCUUUUUAAUAAUUUUAAAGCCUUCAGUUAUUUAAUUGAAGAUAAAUCAGCUUAAAACUGUUGUAAUAUAUGAAUAGCUUUAAAAUUAUUAUCAAUACAAAUAUUACCCUUAACAAAGAAUGCAAAAUUCUUGAUCUUUCAUAUGUAUUGAUAAUGUUUUCUUUUUAACCAGGGUUGACAUCGAUAUAUACAGUUCAACGACGAGACGAGUAAACGUGUUUCAUGCCUAAUUGAUCCCGAGUAGGGAAAUCUCGCGAUCUCGUGUUUUAUAUGCAUAUAUAUUAUAUAUUUACACACAAGAAAAUAUAUAUACAUAAGAUAGAGAGAUAAUAUACAAAGAGAUAUAUAGACAUAUAUGUAUACAUACAAAUGUUAAUGAGGAUUGUCAUUGAGGGAGCAAUGUUUGAAGCUUGAAAGCCUGCAGCGCUUGGAUGUUUUAAGAAAUUGGAUAACGAUCUUCGAUAUAAUUAACAUAUCAAUCUGCUAUUCAUAAAGUUCACCAAAUACUCAUCGUCAUAAACAGUACGCUACACAAACACAACAACAACAACUGCUACUAUUACUACUACAGCUACUACUACAGCCACACCUACAGAGUACAUGAUAACGCGGCGAAUCUCACGAGGUUGGUCGUUGACAAGUUCACUAAUAAAAAAAA